AAUGUGUUGAAACUUUCAUAAGCUGACAUUUUUUGUAAAAUGGACAUGGUAAUUGUGCUCAUUCUUCCCCACCACAACACAGCACGUUCCCCAGGUCGUUCUGAAGGCUACAGAAGGGAAAGCUGUCCGGUCCUUUCAGCAGAGAAGAAACCUACACUUCAGUGACUCCUUUUAUCUGCAUAUAGGAAAGUUAGCGACAUUCAGCCCUUUCUGGAGGCGAGACACACACACACUGGAGAAGCAAGGAGGCAGGGGGAGGGCGGGGCAGCUCGGAGCAGCACUUCAGUUUCCUGUCUCUGAAAAUAGUUUGCGCAGAAAGCCCGAUCGAAAAACUGAAGUAAGGAAACUGUGAGAGGUCCGGACGGGAAUCAGCAGGAAAACGAAGGUGUCACUUAUAAUAGCACGUUCCCCAGGUCGUUCUGAAGGCUACAGAAGGGAAAGCUGUCCGGUCCUUUCAGCAGAGAAGAAACCUACACUUCAGUGACUCCUUUUAUCUGCAUAUAGGAAAGUUAGCGACAUUCAGCCCUUUCUGGAGGCGAGACACACACACACUGGAGAAGCAAGGAGGCAGGGGGAGGGCGGGGCAGCUCGGAGCAGCACUUCAGUUUCCUGUCACUGAAAAUAGUUCGCGCAGAAAGCCCGAUCGAAAAACUCAAGUAAGGAAACUGUGAGAGGUCCGGACGGGAAUCAGCAGGAAAAUGAAGGUGUCACUUAUAAUAGAUUGUAGACCAGGAGAACCAGCCACGUCACCUAAUUUUGUCUUAUGAAAGAGUGGAACCUUUCCUGAAAUUAAACUAAAUAAAGAGGUAUUUUUCCUAAGGUUAUCUGGGACACAAGAAGAAUCUCUGCUCAGAAGAAUCUAGAAGAAUCUUAUAUAAUCAUUACAGAACCUAAAAAAUACGAUAAUGGCUACAAUUUUUUUAGUUGAACCAAGACACUGUUCCAGAUUUGUUAAUUUAAAAGAUAUAUUCAAUUAAAGAAGAACUUCUGUAUUUGUUUAAAAUCCAUUCUGAUGACGUAGAAGAAUCCAUUUCCAAAACCUGGAAUCUUAAAUGAAAGACGCCUAAAACAUAUUGAAAUUUAUCAUUUUCAAAGUUAAAGCUACAUUUGGAUGACAUUUCGAUUGGAUUAAACAAGUUGUACUGUUUAAACACCUACAUCUGAAAAAAAAAAUCCAUAAUUUUAGUUAACCAAAACUGGAAUUUUGCUUUUGUGAUUUCUGACUUUAUUUAAUCAUCGCACAAUAAAACUUCACUUUUUGACUUCAGUUCCCCUUUAAAAAAAAUCUUCUGCAAAUUGCUCAAGAACUUUACUGCUUUAUCACAGACAACUUCCUCUGUAGAAAUCCUUCUUAGAAUUCAACCACAUCAUCUUUACCAUGACAUUAGAGAAGGAAAACCAGGGCAAAAUGUCCAUCAGACUUCAAAUAGGCCUAUCACGUGAGUUCUACCAGAUUCAACCAUGUGAUGCUAACUUUAACACUGUGAAAAAGCUGGCUAUGGACCUUGUAGAAAAACAGCACCCAGAAUUUGGUUUCCUUGGUGUUUCCGAAAAACUUCAGCUUUUUCGGCACAAUUUGAGCUCACAAAAUGUUCUUGAACGGCUUUUUCCCAACAAUUUCAUCCAGGAAGGGGACUUGAUUGAAGUGGUGUUGCCUGCAUCUGUGUCCCUGGAUUUCUCAAUACGCCCCCACAUUCUCUUAGUUCAUUCCUACAAGUCUCCAGCCUUUUGUGACUACUGUGGAGAAAUGUUGUGGGGACUGGUGAGACAAGGGUUAAAAUGUCAAGGAUGUGGUUUGAAUUAUCAUAAGAGAUGUGCCUUUAAAAUACCAAACAAUUGCAGGGGUGUAAAAAGGGGUCAACUUUCCAGUCGAUCUUUCACCGGAAAUCAAAUCAACCGACCUAAAGCAUCAUCAAUACCAUCAGGCAGCAGCCUGGAGGACCUGGGGGCAGAUUCCAGGGAUUUCAACCAGCUUAUCCCAAAGAAGUCACGCGUACCUUCCAUUAUUGGACGCCCUAUCUGGAAAGACUGGCAGGAAAUGAACAAAGUUAAAGUCCCACAUACUUUCCAGGUCCAUUCCUAUACCCGGCCCACAAUCUGUCAGCACUGUAGACGCUUAUUAAAAGGUCUCUUCAGACAAGGCAUGCAGUGCAAAGAUUGCCGUUUUAACUGUCACCGACGAUGUGUGGAAUAUGUUCCAGAUGAGUGUCUAGGCGAGGUAUCCAAUCCUGAUGAAGAAGAUGCAGAGGCCCAGGAUGCAGAGGAUGAUAUUGAUAGUAUGAGACCACCAGGCCUUGGUGCAAAUCAUCAGGAUGAAGACGAAAUGUCAUUCAAGGGGUCGGAAUCUUCAGAUCUUUCAUGCAAUAUUGAAAACUCAAUGUUUGACAGUAACUUCAUUCCACUCAUGAGAGUUGUUCAGUCCGUGAGACAUAAUAAAAAGAAGAAUAGUUAUGUGCUAAUGGAAGGCUGGCUGGUCCAUUUUACCAGUAAGGACAGCAUGAGGAAAAAACAUUACUGGCAACUUGAUAGUAAAUGUAUCACCUUAUUCCAUAACGAGAGUGGUGGCAAGUAUUACAAGGAAUUACCCUUGUCUGAUAUUCUUCACAUUGAGGCUUAUGAUAAGAAUACCAGUGGGCGACCAUUAGGAGAAGAAAUCCCUCAUUGUUUUGAAUUACUUACUGACACUUUAGUUUAUUAUGUUGGAGAGAGAAGUUCCACUCAUAUAGACUCAGGAGAGAAAUGGUAUAGAAUGAUUCGACAAGCCCUAUUUGCUGGCAUGAAUGAGAACACAUCCUCAAGGGCUUCUACAAAGACAAAUGUUCAAGGAGAAAAUGGUGAAUGCCAGCAAAAUUUGGACAUCAGUCACAUGUAUCAAAUAUUCCCAGAUGAAGUCUUGGGAUCUGGACAGUUUGGAGUUGUUUAUGGAGGAAAGCACCGAAAAACUGGGAGAGAUGUUGCAAUCAAGGUUAUUGAUAAACUCAGAUUUCCUAGCAGGCAAGAGAGUCAGCUUAGAAAUGAAGUGGCCAUUCUGCAGAAUCUGCGAUUCCAUGGUGUGGUUGACCUUGAGGCUAUGUGUGAGACUCCAGAGCGCAUAUUUGUAGUAAUGGAGAAGCUACACGGAGACAUGUUGGAGAUGAUCCUUUCCAGUGAUAAGGGGAGACUUCCAGAGCGGAUUACACGGUUCCUUGUUACUCAGAUUCUAACAGCCCUGCAACAUCUGCAUUCCAAAAAUAUUGUUCACUGUGACCUCAAACCGGAGAAUGUCCUCCUUGCUACAGAAGAUCCUUUCCCGCAAAUAAAGCUCUGUGACUUUGGCUUUGCUCGUAUAAUUGGUGAGAAGUCCUUCCGCCGAUCUGUUGUUGGAACUCCAGCAUACCUGGCCCCUGAGGUUCUGCGCAACAGUGGUUACAAUCGAUCUUUAGAUAUGUGGUCUGUAGGUGUGAUAGUCUACGUCAGCCUCAGUGGCACAUUCCCAUUUAAUGAAGAUGAAGAUAUAAAUGACCAAAUCCAGAAUGCAGCAUUUAUGUAUCCAAAGAACCCUUGGAACGGAAUUUCGAAUCAUGCUAUCGAUCUUAUUAACUGUUUGCUCCAAGUCAAAAUCAGGAAAAGGUUCAGUGUUUGCAAAGCUCUGAGUCAUCUAUGGAUGCAGGACUUUAACACGUGGCUGGAUCUUCGGGAACUUGAAACCAGAGUUGGGCAAAGGUACAUUACCCACGAGAGCGACGAUGCACGUUGGCAGAAAUACGCUAAGGAAUGUGGUAUUUUGUACCCACAACACUUUGUAAUGGGGCCACAGUAUGAUGAAACUGAAGAGGAUGAAGCUCAGGAAUAAAGAGAAUAUUCAUAACUGUGGUGGCCCUGGAAACAGACCACUGCAGCAUUAUAGGCCAAAUUCUUACUAAGCAAACCAAACUAUGACAUUUUAUAUUUAUAAGGUCCGAGUCUAAAUUUAAUUUCUUUUCAUUUGCUUGGGGCAGUUUAAGCAUAUUAUAAUGAAACAAGUGUGGUCCUGAGUGUUUGCAAUAGUGAAAUCUGUGUGAUUUUAAAUCAGCUCCUUCCCAUAUAUGGCUGGGUAAUAAGACUUUUUUUAAAAAGGAUGUAUACUCUCUUUCUCGAAACAAGAUAUUUUUAUCGUCUUAAUAAUCUUUAUUUAAAUUAGAGUGCUGGCAGUUUUGGGAGAUGCUUUGUUCAAAUAUUCCAGCUUUUCAAACAUCAAUUAUAUUGAAAAGCUAUCAAUGCAGUCUACAAGACCUUGAAAAAUGCGGUAUCUCUCAAAAAAUAGAACCCCCCUUGUUUCUAUCAGCAGGACAAGUAAUACUUUUCCUGCAAUGUAGAAAAUCAUAUUUGCUGUUACAUGAAAAUUGUCUGUGUCAUAAAAUGUAUUUUCAUUUUAUAUUUCAAAGAGGCUGUUCUGUAUCUGAUUCUUUGAUAGUAAGUUUGAACUAUUGUAGGGUAGGAGUAGUAGUUAUUUAACUGUGUAUUCAUGUAUAUAAUUGAGAUAUUUCCCUAUUUUUCAGAACAUGUUUUAAGAGAUUUUUAUGGAUAUAAUCUUGAAAUUAAAAUUAUUUAUCUCUGUUA